AUAAGUCAAGAUUGUCUGCAAUGCUAUCCCCACUAAUUAGGUUAAUAAUAAGAGGAACAUCCAGUAAUGGUGAGCUUCAUUGAUUUACGAGGCAAACCAUGGCACUACUUCUAUACACAACUCUUCUUCUUAUUCUGUUUCGAUACCCCUGCAAUGGUGCUGACCCUUUAGGGGAUUUAUGCAAUAAAGACACCAAAACUAGCGACAACACCAAGAUAUCAAACAAUAUUGAUCACUUGCUGGCUGAAAUAGUUUCUAGAUCUCCCUCACCUGGUUAUAUUGCGACCUCCUAUGGUGACGGCCAAGAUAAAGUGUAUGGCCUAGCACAAUGCAGGGGUGAUGUUAGCACCAACGACUGCUCCGGUUGCCUUCAGGACGCAGCAAAGGAAAUCCGCCAACGCUGUCCGGACCAAGUUGAUGCAAGAAUUUGGUAUGAUUAUUGCUUUUUGAGGUAUAACGAUGAGAAUUUCAUUGGAAAACUUGACACUUCUUAUGCUAUUUUUUACUUCAAUGUUGAGAAUGUAACAGAUCCUGAAGAUUUUAACAAAAAGCUAGGAUCUUUGAUAGAUGAGAUCAGAUCACAAGCUGUUAUGCCUAAGAAUAAAGGGCUUGGCAAAGGUGAGAGCAAUUUGUCGCCUUUCCUUACAGUUUAUGCUUUAGUGCAAUGCACGAGGGACCUUGCUGUGAUAGAUUGUGCUCAGUGUUUAGCCAUUGCAGUUGGUAAUUUCCCAAACUUCUGCAACAAUAAGAAGGGGUGCAGGGCUCUGUAUAGCAACUGUUAUGUUCGAUAUGAGCUCUACCCUUUUUUCUUUCCCCUUGAUUCAAGCAAUUCCUCAUCACUAAUUGGUAAUUUAGUUGUAAAAGUAUAUCCAUAAUUUUUCUAAUACCAGCCUAGCCUGUUGUGCCAGAAAUAAGAUUCCAUCUGUAAGGGAAAAUAAAAAGGAAGGAAUGAAUUUUCAGAGGAUUUUCGCUA